CUUUUUCAUCUACAUCACCGCCGCAGCCGAAACCCUAUUUCCAUACCUAAAGCCAUGACGCUCCUCGACUCCAUAAUCCGCGCGAUGGCGGCAGCCGACGCCGGCGAAGUCUCCUUUUCGCCCACCGUUCCCAUCAUUCUUAACUCUGAUGACAUAUUUCCCACCUUAAAACCCGAAUCUGAAUCCCCUACCUCCCUUCCCAUCCUCCGCGUCUCCGGUUGGUCCAUCUCCGCAACUGACUCCAACAUCAUCAAAUUAACCUCCAAAUUCUCCAAAACCCUGAAAAAGAAGCUAAAAAAAUCCCUCGACCGAGCUGAAUUCCUCAAACUCCUGAACGCCUUCCUGCAAAGCAUCGGAGAUAAUCUCGGCCUUGGUUUCAAUCCCGAGGCGUAUAGUCAUCUCAGCUUUGAUUUUUCGAGGUUUGCGAUUGAGAAAGUCGGGUUUUUUAUCGGCCAGGAGGUAGCGGGUUUGAUUAUUGAUGCUUGCGUCGUUCUGGAGUUGUUCGAGUUGGUUGAAACCCUAAUCGUGCACGGACUUGUCGGUCAUUUAUACGCGACGAAUCUGGUGGAGAAGCUCCUGGAACAUAAUCAAGCUAGAUUGCUUUGUUUAUCUGUUAAGCACAUUUCGGAUCUUCGUCCUUCCGAGCUUCUUGUUAUACUGAGAUUCUUCUUGUCUCCUUCAGAUAAUAAUUCUUAUGAUAGUUUUCUGGGAGUGAAAAAGGAAUGGGAAAGGCAAGCUUUGUUAGCUAUCGAGAAGGCCACAAACAAGGCCGUGCCUCAGAAAGCUGCAACCUUGGCUAGAGAAGCAUCUAUUUUGCUAAUGUUGGCGCAUGAUGGGUUCUCGCCUGCUGAAUUAUGCUUGCAUUAUGUGUUUGGGAGUUCUGAAAUGGAUCGUUUGGUGCUAUCUUCUGUGAUUUCGAAGCUUAGUGGAAGGGAAAUCUUGGGCUUGAUUAGAUAUUUUGGCAAGUGGUUGAAGAAGUAUGAGAGGUUUCCUGAGGCAGUUCCUUGCCCGCAGGCAAAGUCAUUGUUGAGCUUAAGUGCUUGUGAGGAUAUUCCUUCAUUCGAUUCAGUCGUGAGGGCAUUGGGUUUGAUUUUGGAUGAACAUUUCUCUUAUUUGGUUCUGAAUUCAGAGUUCCAUGAUGAGAUGAGGGCAAUGCAGAAAGUUGUUAGUGAUUUGGCAUCAUAAGCUGAAAUUUUUGGGUGAAAACUCUGUUGUUUAAGCUUUUCUGUUAGUUUUUUUAUCAAAUUUUGUAUGGCUUGUAUUGCUUGGUUUGAUGUAUGAAUGCUUUUGAGAUAGCUCUUCCUUGUUUAUUUUAUGUGAUAACUUUGAUUGAUUACAUGUUUUUUGCAGUGGCUAACCAUAAUGUUUAAGGAUCAAUCAAAGCUAUAAUGUUUCCUUUGAUUUGCGAGAGGGGGGCAUUGUUAUCUCCUGCAGACAGCAUGCGAUAUAGGGUAUGACUGAUCUUUUUUUUUUUUGAACGGGUAUCCACCUGUUGCCAGCUGCCACCCUGAAAGGGCGCUUGGCAGCGUGACUGAUCUUCGGCUGACCUAGAAGAGGCAACCACCCCAGAAACCUCCUGGCCUGCACUUGAUUGGGUUUCACUUGCUGCUCGAGGGGAAUCGAGCUUGGAUUGGGGGUUCUCAACUGCACUCCCCCACCAACCAACCAAGCUAAGUUUCAUUUUUUUCCAGUUUGUUGUGUUGUUGUUUGCUUGUUUUUGGCUUCUUCUAGGAACAGAAGAGAGGUAGAGUAGUCCUGUUACCCACAAGGCAUGUUUAGUUUUUGCAUUUGUUGAUAAGACUUGCUAUCUAGAUGCUUCUUAAAAUUCAUUUUUUCAGUAGUUUCAUUAUAUUUUCACAAACUACAUUAUCUUAAUCCUUCCUCUUUUUUAAAAUGAUGUGUUGUUAUUGCUUCA